AUGGCCGGAAUCAAGAAGUUCCCAUUACAGACCAGCAAUAACGCCAAUAUCCCAAGCUGGAAUUCCAUGGCACCCUCUAGCAAGACCAUCGAAGAAAUCUACACAAAGAAGAAUCCAAUUGAACAUAUCCUUCUCCGACCUGACACCUACGUUGGAUCGAUCGGGAAACGCCCUCAGAAUCUCUGGGUCUACGAAAGAGGGGAAAUGGUCUACCGCAACGUCAAUUACGUCCCUGGUCUCUACAAGAUAUUCGAUGAAAUCCUCGUCAAUGCCGCCGACAACAAACAGCGUGACCCAUCCAUGGAUUCAAUCAAGGUCGAUAUAAAUGUUGAACAGAACUGUAUCAGUGUAUAUAACAAUGGCGAAGGUAUUCCGAUCGAGAUCCACCAGAAGGAAGGGGUUUAUGUGCCGGAAUUGAUUUUUGGGCAUCUUUUGACUAGCAGUAAUUACGAUGAUGCAAUAAAGACGACGACUGGUGGGAGGAAUGGAUAUGGGGCGAAGCUAACUAAUAUCUAUUCUUUGGAAUUUGUUAUCGAGACUGCAGAUGGUAAGAGGAAGAAGAAAUAUAAACAGAGGUGUUUGUCUUCAUUGUUGCAUGAUCUACAAUUUAACUUCUACAAAGUUUAA